CAGGGGACGAAAAGGAAGAACCCCGUUUGCAAUCGGGGAGAUUUUUUUCCACUUUUCGGUGGUGGGAAAGAGAAGCUUGGUUGGGCGGGUGUUUGCCAGCACUUUACCUUCCUCCCCCUCCCUCAUAACCCCCGUUCCGUCCUGUCCAAAUCAAAGCGGAGGUGAGGACAGUAGAGAAAGUGAAGCGAUCGAGAGAGAAAGUAACCGUCGUCUCUCGGCUGGUGGUGGGGGAGGGGAGGUCACGUGGGCCGGACGACAGGCCGCGCACGCUCCGUCGCAAAGGAGAUCACGUGCUCUCGCUCGGUGCGCCGUCAUCACCACCCCCCAUCCCCACGAACAGCGUCGUGCGUGUGCCCCCCUCCCUCCGCCUCCCCGUUCCCCUUUUGGCGUCGCCUGUGCGUGCGCGCAGUCGCGUCUUGCGUCGCCGCGCACGUCACCUGCUUCGGUGGGGGCGGGGCAAACAGCGAGGGAGAGCGAGAGCGGAGGGAGCAAGAUGGCGGCUGUCGCAGCAGCAGCAGCGGGAGGGCCGGCCGUGGCCGCUUCUUCUUCUUCUUCAGCAGCAUCGUCUUCGUCGUCAUCAUCCACUACCUCCACCAUUCCCAGCGGCUCGUCUUCCUCCCUGGCAGCUCUGGAGGCUGCGCUGGAGAAGAAGCUGCUGACGGUCACCAACACGAUGGACGGCAUCCAGGGCCUGUCGUCCUGGAUCCUGGACAACAAGAAACACUACAGCUCCAUCGUCAAGCACUGGAUGAAGUGCAUGAGGAAAUCCUCAAUUCCUCAUCGACUGAAUCUUUUCUAUGUUGCCAAUGAUGUUAUUCAAAACUGCAAAAGGAAGAACGCAAUUAUUUUUCGAGAUGCGUUUUCAGAGGUUCUGAUUGAAGCCGGCACUUUGGUGAGGGACCCUUCCAUUCGGAAAUCUGUGGAGCGAAUAUUCACGAUAUGGGAGCAGAGGAGUGUCUACCCAGAGGAGUUGAUUGUGGAUCUGCGAGCUGCUCUUGUGGGACGAAAGCCAGCUGAAUUUGCAAAAGUGAAAACAGUGAGCGAUAAGACACGUGUCGUGGUGAAAUCCAAGAUACUUGCUGAAUUUAGGCCACAGGCACUCAUUGACCAGCUGGGGUCCUACAAGCAGGCGGAGGAUGAGAGAGAGUUCAAGGAGAAGCAGCUUGGGACCCUCCGCGUUGACGUCUGCAGCACAGAGACAUUGAAGCGGUUGAAAGAUCGUGCAGGUGGCAAGCGCUUUUCCAAAGACUUUGAAGAAUCCAGCUCCAAGUUGGAAGACUUCUGCGCCGAGCUCGAGAGGGAGGUGAAGAAGACCCCACCCUUAAUCGAAGCACUUGAAAAUGCAGAGAUCUUUUAUGAAGCUCAGUACAAGGAGGUGAAGAUUGUAGCAAAUGCGUACAAGACAUUUGCAAACAGAGUUAACAACCUGAAGAAGAAGCUGGACCAGCUGAAGACCACACUGCCAGAUCCGGAUGAGUCUCCCAUUCCGUCUCCCAGCAUGGAUGCUCCAUCGCCGACUGGCUCGGAGUCUCCCGUGCGGCCGGUUGAGGAGCCUGUGGUGGAGCUGAAGAAGCUGGAGGAGAGCCCGGGGCCUCUGACUCCAGAUGCCUCAGGUGAUAACUGUGACGUGGAGGACAUGGAACUCUCAGAUGACGAAGCUGUGGGAGCAGCGAACAUCAUAGCAGUAGAGAAUGAGGAGAGAAAGGAGGAAUCCAGUCCAGGCACGGCAGUGGCAGUGAGCGCGAGCCCCCAACCAGAAAAGGCGUCGACCCCGGUGGAGACCCCGCAGGCAAAGAGCAGCACUGUAACACCGCCGCUGGCCCUGCCAAAUCUGGCAAAUAUAGACUUGGGCAAAAUCAGCUCCAUCCUUAGUAGCCUGACCACUGUCAUGAAAAACACAGUCAGCCCAGCAGUUGGUCAGGCACCUGUGCUUGCGGUAACGUCAGCGGCUCCUGCUGGGGCGCAACUGAAUAGUGGCCUCAAGGCCCCCACUCAGAAGCCUUCUCAAGCCACUCCCAAUCCUCUGGCGAGCAUCCUGUCAAAAGUUGAAUUAACACCAGAGAGCAUCCUGUCAGCACUCAGCAAGACACAGGGGCCCUCUGCUCCAGCUCUGCAAGGUCUCUCGUCAUUGCUUCAGAGUGUGACAGGAAACACUUCUGUCCCAUCCAGUAGUGCAAGUUCAAACAUUUCUACUCCAGCAGUGACCAAUGUCACCAGUCCAAUAGACAAAGGUGUUCCCAUUAUUAAUGCCAGUGCUCAGCCUUUGAUCCAAGGGCUUACUGGCUGCUCUCCAAAUUCGCCCGCGUCUGAAGUUUCCUCUGGCUCUUCGGUGAACUCAGCCCCGGUAAACCACAGCCCUGCUCUGUCCACUGCCAGCCUGAAGGCCCCUGCCAACACUACAGUGCUCGAGAGCUCCCUGCGUGGCACCACCUCCGGAUCAAGGGGAGGCUUGACUGGCCAGAAGGCAUCAGCAGAGGUGGUGGCAGCUGAAACCGAGGCAGAGCCGUCCUCGCCAUCGAGCCUGGAGAUGAAAAUUCACAACUUCUUGAAGGUCAACCCGGGCUUUAAGGCUUUGGACCUUAAUAUCCCUCUGCUGAGCAACCUGGGUUCUGGUGAUUCGAAGAGCCUACUGCCACCGUCAGACGCUAGUCGUAACCCUGGUGGCGCCAUGCUGGAUAACCAGGAUGGUACACCUGUCCGAGAUGAGCGAGGCGGGACUCCGACCCAAGAUGAAAUAAUGGAUAAGCCAACAACCCCAGGCACGAUUGAUCCAAUGUCCUUGCUGUCUAAGUUAAUCAGCCCACCCUCCUCUUCAACCAGCAGCACAAUCUCCCCCCCACUUUCCCUCCCACAAAACAGAGAUUCUGUUUACUCAGAGAUUUCCAACACAGUGCCUUCUUACCAAAGCAGUUCUUCAUACAGCCGUGGAAGGAGUCCAUUCCCUUCCUCUUUCAAACCCUCUGAAAUGUGGGAGCAGUCUUCUCCCCACAGGGAUUCCCCUCCUGAACAGUUUUACUCAGGUGAAUCCUGCACUGAUUUUGACUAUGCCAGGCCACCGCCUUCAGUUUCCAGCUUGGUGAAUCAACCCCCAAAAUCCAUUCUCAAGUCAAAUAAGCCAGCAGAUCAGAGUCCCAAUGAAUACCAGUCUGUUUCCACCAGUUACAGUCGUUUGAAGUCUGUGCUCUCCAAGCCUAUGAAGUCUAUUCUUAAGAAGCAGGAACCUUAUGGAAGCAGAUCAAAUAGCAGGGGUGGGUAUGGAGAUGACGAUCAGGGGGUUGAGAAUGAGAACCUGUCUUCACCUGGUCAAAACAAUCCAUUCUUCCUCUCGGAGUCUAACAACAUUAUACUGCAGCCCUCCUUCUCAGAUAUGUCUCGCACAGGAUCACUUCCGAAAGCAUUCUCUGACUCUCUCUGUUCUGCCCCAGCCCGCCAGUCGUCUUCCACGCAAAGUACCGGUCCUUAUAGCCGCACACCAGUCACCAACAUUGAGAAAGCUGUGUCACUAGGCUCCCCUGUCUCUGCCACUUCCACCAUAGAGUUUAAAAACAUGCUCAAAAACGCCUCUCGCAGGCCUACUGAUGAGAAGCCUUUAGAGAGCCCCAUUAGUCCAGCUCCGCCAGGAGGCGUGAACGAGAAAGGGAGCCUGUCAGUCUUUGGGCAGUCUGGGAUUGCGGAGACUGGGGACGAAGAGCAGCAUUGUAUAGAGACUCACAUAUCCACAUCUGAAUUAUCCAAAAGCAUAGAGGAGAGAGGAGCCCCCAUUGAAACACUAGGUUCCAGUACCCCGUCAGCAGGAAGGCUGAUGUUUGGAGAGCCUAUUCAGACUCUGGACUCUAGCCGAGGGUCAGGCAGAGGCAAUAUGAGUCAUGGGAGAGGGGGCACCAGGAGCAGUUGGUUUGAGCAAAGUGAAAACAUUUCAGACUUUGAAGACGAAUCGUCCUCCCUUGAUGUCUCUGAGAUGACUCAAGGUAUUCCUCCCAGUUUUAGAAGUCAGUUCGAAGACCACAGACUCCAGUUCCCUGACACUUCAAACAGCUUUAGGUCCAGCAGCUUUAGUGGCCCCUUUGAGAGGCAAACCCAGCAAAUCGGACUCACGCCAGGGUCACUGCACGAUCGUGUUGGGCCACCCCCUGUUCCAAGCCGCGACCACGUUGGGCACCCCCCUGGUCCGCCACCAGAUCAUAUACUAGCCCCGUGCCCCCCACAAGAUCACAUUGGACCUCCCCCUCCUCCUGUACCCUUGCGAGAUAUUGGACUGCCGCCUGUGCCCCCGCGAGAUCACCUGAGUCUACCCCCAGGUCCGCCUCCUGUCUCACAUGACCAUCUCGGGCCUCCUGGCCCCCCACAGGAGCAUGGCACUGUAGCAGGUUCCCUCCGAGAGCAUGCUUCGUUCUCUGGUACCCCUCAGGAUCACAGUGGUCCACCACCUGGUUCUACCCAUGAGAAAAUCGGACCACCGCGGGAUCAUGCUGGGCAGGCCCCUGGGACUUCUGUUGACCACAUUGGGCCCCCCUCUGGCCCUCCCCCUGACCACUUUGGUCCUGGUUUGCCACCUGGUCCCCCUCCACGGGAUCAUCUUGGCCCGCCACCCCUGGACCACCUCGGACCCCCACCUGGUCCCCCUGUUCCACCACCUGGACCCCCUCCACGGGAUCACCUGGUCCCACCUCCUGGACCCCCUCCAAUUCCCCCUCCAGGUCCUCCACCUGGCCCCCCUCCACGGGACGUUCUGGGACCACCACCAGGCACGCUUCCACAAGAUCACUUGGUUCCACCUCCUGGCCCCCCUCCUAGGGAUCCACUCGUACCACCUCCUGUUCCCCCACCUCAAGAUGUCCUUGGUCCAUUACCUGGAUCUCCUAGAGACCUCCUUGGCCCAUUAGCUGGGCCCCCAAGAGAGCUCCUAGGCCUACUCCCGUGCCCUCCAAGUGACUUCCUUGGCUUAACUAACAGGCCUCCAGUGCAGAGGUCUCCGAGGGAUUACUAUAGUCAACCCUUCACACCCCAGCGAGACUACAGUAAUCCUGGUAGAUUCUUCCAGAGAGACUUCAGAGGGUCCUUCAGGCCUCGAGAAUCUUUUCAAAGCGGAAAGCGACCCAACCUGCCGUUUGGAAGCCCCCCCUUUUCCACGGCUCCAAAGCGACCCUAUAUGCCGCCUCGGUACUGAAGCAGACCGGAAUGUUUCUGUGUUGGAGACUACGUGAAAACUCAUCUCUGACCCUUGCUUGCCAAGCAGCUCUGGUGGUUGUAGUGGCAAGGGUUUGGUGUGGCGCUUUAUCUUGGCCGUUGACUUGUCUUUUGUGACCUUGUCUGUUUGCCCUCCUUCCUCACUUCCUGUUUUCCCACUCUGCCCCUCCCCACCCCCAAAGCUGACCUGCUGUGCUAGGUCGGAGGUGUAUGUAAGGUUAAAUGUUUCACUACAGCGUCGUUACAAACUACUGCACAACAAGUUUUCGUCAGAGGAGCUUGGAAACUUCCGUGAUGCAUAGAAAUCCUACUCGGAGCUAUAGACCCAUUUACUUUUACACAAAGUAAAACUUUUAUAUUGCUGCAAAGAUCGUCAUGAGUACAGUCUUAAGAUGCUGUAACCUCUGUCCAAACCCUUUGCUAUUUUGUGUUCUUGUUUUUUUUAAAGUUACAGUUUUACUACUUGUACCAGUUGUGGAGGAAAAAAGUGUGGUUAAAUGCAAAUGGCGGAUGUUUCUGUCGUCAUUGAAAGCGUUUGCAAGUGAUCCCCUGGCCUCGCCUCCCAUAGUCAAAUUUCAGGGCUAGACUAAUCAACGCUGACACUUCAUUGUUUCCGAGUCAGCGUGACGAGCACCGCUUCAUAGAGAGUUGUGUGUUUCCUGCAUCAGACACCUUCUGGAGGCAAAUGUGGCUAGUCAGUGUGAGUGUUAAUUGUACAGUCCAUUCCUGGCUAAUUGAGGACGACCCUGUGUCAGUGGCUCGGUUUUUUUCUCUCUGUAAAUGACAAGUGUGUAUCGAUUCAGCUCCUUGGCUGAAGGUUGAGAUCAGCCCAUGUGUGGAUUGUGCAGUGCUUUGAGGGAGGACGUUUCUCCUUUUACCUCAACCCCCCCUUGUUUCAAAAGAAAUGUCAAACCUUCCCCUGUUUCUCCCACUAACCUGUCUUUUUCUCCAGAGCAGCUCCGUCAGCCACAAGGAUGGAGUGUCUUCCCCUUGGCAAUGCCAGCACUGCGCAUAAGGUGCCAAGGAGAGGGCAGCCAAAGCUGGUGUUGGAAUGUGAAGCACACAGUCCCUUGGUGUCCAUUCCAGAUGUGAGAAUGGUGGAAGAUGCUCCAUCUAAUAACCUGGCUGAGAACUUCCUGAGACUCCAAACAAUCGGAAGUGUGAAGAUUUAAAAAAAAACACUUAGUGGGCAGGACUGGAACCUGUGGACUGUGCAACGGGCACAGUUUGAAGCUGUUAAGAGAUGUAGUGUUUCUAAUGGCAGUGCAGUUAAAGAAACCAAUUCAUUUGUUUAUCUACAAAACAAAAUGGUGAAUCUUUGGAAUAAACCUUGCUCUGUUGUUUUACAAGCUCUUUAUAACAGGCCGAUCAGCCGGCGAUGUGAUAGGAGGCUGUGUAAAACCUAAUUGCCCACAGCUUGUUCAAAAGUAUUUUGAAUAUUCCUAUCCCACUGAUCAGCUGCUAAAGUUGCCUAUUGUGCUAAUUGCCUUUUUCUGUGACUCUUUCUGUACCAGUCACUGUUUUGUCAAACUUAACAAGCUUGGUCUGGUGAAGCACCUGGCCGAAUAACACUUAUUCCUCUUUAUAUGAUUUAUAAAGAGACAUGGGGGAAGUCGGGGUCUAGAGGGUGGGUGGGGAGGUAGGGGAAUGGUGUAGAGAACCAACCGCAAGCAGUGACUGGAACAGCUUUGUAAAACACUUGUGUCCAGCCUGUUGCAGAACAUGUCUUUAUUUUAUUGAAGGUGAUGUUUGAAGAAUUAAAAUGAAUCGAGCUGGAUUCAGUGUAACUGGACUUAGUUCCAUACAGUCUAGUUCAUGCUGAUAAUGAACACUUGAAUGACUGUUAGUAACUGAGUUUUUUUUGGGGGGGGGACAAAAAUCAACACCCACACACACACGCGCGCACACACACACACACAUACUCUCUCUUUACUCUCAGAUGAAAUGUACAAUGUUGUAUGUAGCAAGAACGAAGAAAAAAAACUUUUUUGUUUCCUGAAUUAAAAAGUGAAGAUCAAGUUCUCCAUUUAUUUUUCUGAAGAGUUUGUAAGCAUUUAGCAAUUUUUAUUAAUUCGACAUAAAAUUUGGAUGCAGUGUCAAGUUUAAGCUGUGAAGAUUCCUUUCAAGUUAGCUACAACUGUACUGAUCUGUCACACCUCCUCCGUAACGCUGUUCUUACAUGUGAAUGUAAUUUCGGUGCAGGGGAAGGGUAUAACUUUAUAGAUCCAGUGGUUUUUAGACCGAACCGUACUUCUGUAAAUAUGUCGUCUAGUUAAUGCAUUUAGAUUAAGAUGUCUUCACUAUCUGUGUUAGAAACAGUCAAACUGAGUGAAAGUUUUGCCUGCUUUUAGAGAGACAACUGAAAUGCUUUUGGAAAUGACCUGUAAUUACUUUAAUAAAAAGAAAGUCUAA